AUGUAUUCCCAGUGGAUUCCACAAAACCUCCAGAAAAGGCUUCUUCUCUACAUUCUCCAACAGCUCUCUCUCUUCUCUGAGAUUGAUCUUCCAAACUUGGAAGAAGUUUCCUUGAACACUAUACACUUGAAAGAUGUGCUUAUCGAUUCAGACAAAGUGGGCAAACUUAGGGGAUGCAAUGUCCGCUACGGCAAACUCCGAAAUGUGGAGUUGAGUGGAGGUAUGGUGGGUGGCGUCAACUUUGAGAUCGAUGGAGCUGAGUUUGUGGUGGCUCUAAAUCUAGAUAGCUUGGAAACUCACCAGAAAGAUGUUCUGACCCUUUUGGCCCAAAGUACCGCUGAUUUGGCCAGCACUAUAAUGUUUGAGAAUAAAGGCGAACCCGAUUUUGCCAAUGAACUGAAGUCCGAUCUGGAAUCGUCCAAUGAAGGCAAAUCGCCGUCCUCUGGAAACCCUAAAAAGUCUGCUUUCAGUGGUAUGAUGUCUCGCGCCGUGGAAAUUGCUCUCCUGAGACUACAAGUUACAGUCAAGAAUAUUAGCGUCAAGUUCGUUUCUGAAGCAGCAGAUUUGGUAUUAUACGUCAAAGAGUUCCAAUUCCAUUCAAACAAUGGCUGCAGGCAUGUAUCCGUAAAAGGGAUCAGCCUAGCUGUUGCAAGGCCGAAUAUCAACCCAGGACACCGAAAUGAUGCGAAAGAAACUACAAAAGAUAAAACUGGAAGCGAAAAGUAUACAGAGGAUGAUCAUGAGACUUCUGAUGAUCACUCUACAUCUAAAGAUCUGUCUGGUACAAGGUCUGACACUGACGAGGAUGAGAAGAGUGAUAGUAAUGCUUAUGACGAUGGAUCGCUAAGUAAUAGCAUGGUCUUUUCGCACGAAGAAGCAAGCUCAAUCUACAUGAGUGCAGUUUCCCAGUCUAUGAAGAACGAUAAGCUACGUCCCUCUGAACCAAUUAUUUCUUCAAAUGAAACAAUAUUGUUAUACGUGGACGAUAUCCAUGUCAAAUUUGAUGGGUUAAAUCCAGCAUCUAAUCUCUCUUUAGACAUCCAAUCUGUUCGUAUUGCUGCUGUCCCACUCAUGCCCACUGCAUCGCUCAUCUUCAACACUAUAUCCAAAAUGCUCAAGUUAAAGAAUCACAAUCUCAAGAAACAAAACCGUGCAAAUCGCAGAGCCCAUAGUCCUCAUCCUUCCUUCCCACAAUAUGAAGUCACUUCAGAUGAAGUUCCCACAGAAAAUGAUGAAGAAGAGAAUUUCACUGAUCUAAUGUUUAACAAGCUUCACGUUUCCGAAAUAAUCAUUUGUCUUACGUCAGCAAUAUCCUCCACUGGCGAGAUUGCAUCUUGCUCUGAUGAUAUAAACAUUAUGUUUCAAAAUUUGAAUAUCAAACAGAAAAACAAAGAUUUGAUAUAUGGAGGGGUAGAAAAAUUCAGAAUACUAAAUUAUUCCGGUGGAAAGGAAAGUGUCCUUUUCGAAUUCGACUCCCUGGAAAUAUCAUCUUCUAGAACAGAUUCCGACAAGGUACCGCAUUCUUCCCCACCUCCGAAUGGGCCCCGCAGUAAAGCUGACAUUCGAUUUGAGAUCAUCCAAAAGUUCACUAAUUCUCAGCAUUCGCGAGAAACUACUGCUCUACUAUCAAAGAAUGCUAUUAUCAAAGUCGAUUGUGACUCCUUGCAAUACCUUACCAACUUCUUCACAUCUUUGAAGACAGUGUAUGAAAGUGUGGUCAGCAUGAUGGCCGAUCUUUCUCUCAUGAGAUCAUUAAAUGAGGGUAAAAAAGUUGGCACAGAAAACCAGAAACUGACGUCAAAUUUGCUACUAUUGCAAACCUCUUCAAUUACUUCAACAGUCAUUUUGCUGAGUUCGAAACUUAUCAAGAUAGUUGUAUUGCCUAUAUUGUAUAACAAAGCUGAUGACCAGCUCUCCAUUCAACGGGUGAUGGUUUCUUUAGUCUCUGGAGGCGUUGAGACCCCUUUUUUUUCCAUACCCUCUGUUGCAUUGAAAACGACCAUACAAAGUUUUAAGUCUUUCUACUUAAAGAAAACAAAUUCAAUUCCUCAUUGUUCAAAUUUGCAAUCUUCAAAUACCCUCUCAUGCGGUGAAAUACAAGGAACUAUUGAUUUUAAGACCUUGCUUUCAUUCUAUCAAGGUAUUACUUCUUUCGUGAAGCAAUUCAGCGCUGCUAUCAAGUGCAAAGUAAAUGCGCUUCCUGAACUGCUUGCUGACUCUCCCUCACAAUCUCCGAAGGCAUUCUCAACCGCAGGUCUAGCCAGUUCUAUUUACUCGAAGCACAGCAGAUUUGGCAGGUUCAAAGCAAAGAACCGUGAUCACUUCCAUUUUGGUGAGCAGAGAAGCAUCUCGUCGUUUAGGUUUAUGGUCCAGCUGUUAAAGCUCUCUGUUACCCUGUUGUUUAGCAGAUUUGGAGACCUCCACAUUGCGCUUGAUCAUUUUGAGUUCAAUUUACAAGAAGAUUCAAUAAAUGGAUUUGUCAACGACUUGUCCAUUGAGAGGAGGUUCGAGAACCAGAGCAAACAGCCUUUCUUCCACCAAUUACUGAAAACUACUGAGUCUCCAAUUGUUUUAUUCUCUCAUAAAACAAGUGAUAAGUCUACAUCCACAGACAUCAUUUUACGAAAAUUCUGUUUAGAGUAUUACACUCAAUGGUUACAACUUAUCGAAAAGAAUGUAACACAAGGACAUAACGCUGAAGAAAUUGUUCACCUUGCGCCACAUGACAAUAAUCUACAAUCAGGCUCCAAGGGCACUGAUUUCCGAGUCACUCUCAUUGAUUUUUGUGUUGGACUAACUCCAUCAAGGCUUCAUAGUAAAUUAUGUUUGGGGAUCAGCAGGGGUAAUAUGGAUUUUACCAUCGGAAAGGAGCAGUUUUACAUCAAGAGCUCUUUUCGUGAACCAUCCAUUAAUUUGAUUGAUAAUUGCAAACUCCUUAAAGAACACAAAGACUUGACUCAUGAUGAAAGUUUUUCUCCUCAUGAUAUGAUUUUAAAACUAGGAUUUUUAUCUAUUGGGCAUAUAAACACUUUGCAUUUGGGGAUCACUGUCAAUUCUGAUAUUGAGAAAAUCAAGGAGAGGCACAAACGAUUAGGCAUUCGUGGAGACCUUUCUUUAGUGGAUUUGAAACUCAAUACAGAUGAUAUUUCUAUUGGAUUAGCUGCUGACUCAUGCCACACACUUCUACAAACCAUAAAUGAUUUGAAGACGCCGAUCUUUUUCAAAAACGAUGAAAAGUUCAGGACCACUGUUUCUUCUGAGUUCGAAAUGCCGGAUGAUAUCUUGAGCCAAAUUGAUGCCGUCCAGAAGAACGAAGGAUUAAAACUGUUCCAGCAUGCCGAUAUGGCUUCUCUGAGUCCCAUUUUCAAUAUGCAUCAGCAGGAAACUGGAUCAAAUUUGGUUAUCGUUGAUGAGUAUUAUGGAGAAACAGGAUCAAUCGUCAGUGAGGUUGAGAGGGGAAUCGAAGGCCUCAGUUUGGAAUCUUCGCACAGUAAUGGAGGAGAUAGUAGUCUUCCUAUGGUCGAAGACCAUUAUGCUGAGAACAAAAAAAAUGAUGCUGUUAAAGUCUUUCCUUUCAGUCUUCAUGUCAAUCUUUCCGAGAUUAAAAUCUACUUGUAUGACGGCUAUGAUUGGAAACAUACCCGUAAAGCUUUACGCAAGGCGAUCCAGGACUUGGAACAAAAAGCUCAAGAAAUGGCCAAGAAAUCCAAAAACCUACCCAAAAAGAAUAAUUCUGAGAAGGUGGAAACUUCUUCUCUCGGAUGUCACGGUCCCAGUAAAGCGAACAACAAUAAGGUGACAUUCGAUGAUAGACUAGCUUACGAUGACGAGUCUGCUGAAGAAGGUAACCUCUCGAUUGACGAAAAUUUGUCUGAUAGUGGAGAUGAACAUCAGGUCGCAGGAACAUUCUUUGAAUCAAUUCAUUUGGUGAUGUCAGAGGGGGAUGAUCCAAGCGACUUUGUUAACAUGAUCAAUUCACAAGUGCAAUCGGACAUGCGAAAUGAUACUAGUGACCACAAAACCCAACAUGGCACUAAUGAUAUGAUUAACGUAAACGUGAAGAAAUACUACAAAAGCUUACGGUUGAAUCGUUCGGGGUUCCAUAAAGGCCUAAUUGAACUUAAAAAUUUUGAAAUCAUGGUUACAAACUUCACUAGCAGGGAUCCUAGAUUAGACCCCACGCCGUAUGAUUCAGAGCCAGAGCUAGUAAAUUGUGUUGACAUAAGAGUGGGAAAUGUGAAUGUUUUUGAUAAUGUUCCUACCUCUACCUGGAAUAAGCUUUUGACAUAUAUGAGUGCAGUUGGAGAACGAGAAAUUGGCACUGACAUGUUUAGAUUGAGUCUCACUAACGUUAGGCCUGAUCCUAAAUUAGUCUUUGCUGAAGCAAUAAUCCUGUUUAAGCUCUUACCAAUAAGGCUCUACAUUGAUCAAGAUACUUUGAGUUUUUUAACUCGUUUUUUUGAAUUCAAAGACACUCGCUUUGCUCUUCCAGUUGAGGAACCCAUAUACAUUCAGAAGCUUGUUGUUGAUACAAUUAGACUCAAGUUCGAUUACAAACCCAAGAAGGUGGACUAUGCUGGAAUUAGGUCGGGUUACCACGCCGAAUUAGCGAAUUUCUUUAUUUUGGAUGGAGCCGAUAUCUGUCUCGAAAAGACCACGCUAUAUGGUAUCCUGGGAUUUCCAAAGUUAGGAGAAGCUCUUAAGAAUGUUUAUGGGCCGUACAUCCAAAAGUACCAACUCGCGAAUAUUUUGCUGGGAUUGUCUCCAUUGAGGUCUCUAGUUAAUUUAGGAGGUGGGGUCAAAGAUUUAGUCGUGGUUCCUUACAAAGAAUAUAAAAAGGAUAAGAGGCUAGUCAGAAGUCUCCAAAAAGGAACUAAGUCUUUUGCGAAGACAACAACUUAUGAGCUUUUGAAAUUAGGCGUAAAGCUCGCAUCUGGAACACAGGUAAUAUUGGAAAAUCUGGAAGAGUAUUUCGGUGGCGAAGGAAGGGCCGCAAGAAAGUCGGUCAGUAAAAGCUCUACGAAAAGCAAAAAGGAGCCCAGCAGUGUUUCAAGAGGUGGUCCUUCUAAUAACUUGCUUGAAACCUCCCAGCUCCUAAAGAGAAGUGUGAAAAUCGAAAAAGACCCAUUUAGUACUCCUAAAUUCUAUACUAGUGCAUCAUUGGAUGAAGCUGAGGAAAAUGAACUUGAUUCGGAGGACAUUGAACAAUCUCUCUUGGUGUUUAAUUCGGUAGCUGGUGGCUUCACGGGGGAGAAAGAACUAGAGACGGAAAAGUAUGAAUCUGGCAAUGCGAACAAUGAUGACAGCGGUGAAGAGUAUGAAUAUGAGUACGAAUUCGAUGAUCAUGAGCCGUCAGAAAAGACAGUGAGUCUCUAUUCGAAUCAGCCAUCCAAUGCUAAGGAAGGUUUAGUUUCCGCCUACAAAUCAUUGGGAAGAAAUUUCAAAAGCACAAAGAGAACGUUAGUUCUGUUGAAAAAGGAAUUACAAGCAGCCGAAUCAUUCCAAGAUCUGUUGGCAUCUAUAGCGAAGCUGUCCCCUGUUAUUGUCAUCAGACCGGUCAUUGGUACGACCGAGGCCGUAAUAAAGACGUUAACGGGGAUAAGCAAUCAGGUUGACUCGACGUACAUGAAGGAAAGUCAAGAUAAAUAUCCAACUAAUGACUCCAAGUGA